UCGAUUCCCAUUUCCCGGGGAAGCAUGGCACGCUGAAGGCGCAAAGGACCUUUUCCCUACCGUCCUAUUCCCCACUGGAUAUUAGAAAAGUCCCGUGCCAGAAGAAGGUGGGAUAACGAAGGAGCAAUAAGAGGCACUCUCACGCCGAGUGGGAGGAGUAAAGAGUUAGCAACUCGAAAACGUUCCUUCCGAACACACAGUCCAUACGAAACCGUGGAACCGAACGCGCUGCAGCUAAGGUUAGACGAAGAUUAAAUAAAAUUUAACUCAGUGACUAUUUGCUACACUUAGUUGUUUAGUGAAGGUUCUAGUGGUAGUGAUUAAAGUGAGGAAAACACUGAUGCAAAUUUAGUGCAUACUCUUAGUGUGACGAGUAGAUGAAAUUCGUGACGUCAUGAACUUGAGGAUUGCAUUUAUUUAGCAAAAGUACGUAGCAAAUAGGUUGGGAUAUACCCGAACGCUAGCAAGAGUACACGCUUGCUUCCCCUACCACCGUUUAACGGCGCCAGACAAAACGUCAUCCAUCAUGGUCGAUGACGAUCUGCGCGGGGAUUGGUAGACUCGGCGUCACGUGUACUGUUAAUUGGCAACGGUGGGCGUGUCCGGGCAUCAAACCGGGGACAAGAAGGGGAACUGAAAAAAGGCAUAGUAUGCGCUGCGAACCCCCCGCGUGUUCGAAACUCUCCACAGGCUAUCUCGCAUAGAUCACAGUGCUCGAGGAGAGAAUUCCACAGAAAAAUUAAUGAUCAUGAGCUCGUUCCUGAUGAACCCCGUGUCUGGUGCAGCCUUGCCGGCUAGUUAUCAGCAGGCCCAGCAUUUGUCGGGCGUCGUGGUAGACCCCAAGUUUCCUCCGACGGAAGAAUACAGCCAGAACAGUUAUAUACCGUCCUCCAGCAACGAUUUCUUCGGCAAUCACCACAUACCGCAGUCUCAGCAUCACCUUCAGUAUGGCUACCAUAACCAUCACCAACAGGCCUAUGGGUCAACCCCUGUGCCCAUCGCUAAUGGAGGGUACGGAAGCUACGGUAACUAUUAUCACCCCCAGAUACAUUCGCACCACGGGCCUCCCAUACAUUCUCACCAGAUCAGACCGUCCAUACCCCUGCACGAAAGCCAGCAGUCCAUGGUGCCUUGCGGCAAUCACCAGCCCCCGGUGUCCAGUGCGAGUGGCAUCCUGCAGACCUUGUCGGACAUUCCCUCGAACGUUCCCCAAAACUCUAGUGAUAUAGUGAAAAGCAGUGUGUGUAGUCCUGGAUCUGUUGGACAUGGCCAGGAUUCUAGGAGUUCCCCCCCUGGUCCUCACAGUUUGCAGGAGCUCGGCCUGCGGAUGGAGGAAAGUGUGUCUGACGAACAUGAAGACUGUGAUGAUGGACAGGGUAGUUCUACGAAUAAUGACGAAGAGGAGGAAGAUGACGAUGGUAGUGAUAGGCAGAUUUAUCCGUGGAUGAGGAAAGUGCACGUUUCUGGAGCUUUUUCGAAUUCUAACGAAACAGCUUCGAUUUCCACAAACGGAACCUUCGCGCCCGGCAUGGAACCCAAACGGCAACGCACAGCCUACACGCGACACCAAAUCCUCGAGCUGGAGAAGGAAUUCCACUACAACAGAUACCUAACCCGUCGACGCAGGAUAGAAAUCGCCCACACCCUAGUCCUCUCCGAGCGUCAAAUCAAAAUAUGGUUCCAGAACCGCCGGAUGAAGUGGAAGAAAGAUAACAAAUUGCCGAACACGAAGAACGUAAGGCGAAAAACCAACCCCGCCGGCGUGACGACCACGACCUCAAAUAACUCCUCCAAGACGGCGGCGGGCAAGGGCAGGGGGAAAACACAGAACGGCACUCUCGGCAAUAACAAUGACAAACGGAAAAACAACAACGCGGGCAGGGAGAUCGAGGGUCUCAGGGAGAACAUGCUCGAUAUGUCUCUGUCCGGCCAGAUUCCUUCGGGCCUGGGCCACUCGCACGCCCACCCCAUGGCCUCGGCGGCCGGCCUGCACCAUUCCUCCAUGCUGCACGGGCACGCGGACCUGCACAUAGCGGCGAUGGGAGGCAUGGACCCCCUGUCGUCUUCGCCAGGCUGCGGGACCAUGCAGGGCGGACCGCCGGCGAUAAAGUCGGACUACGGCCUCACGGCCCUGUGAAGGGGGCCGAGGGCCGUUUUUGCUCAACCAAAGUGAUUCAGUUUAAGGGUUCGGAUUGAGGCGGGCUCGGUGCCGGUUCGUGCUGGCGUUGCCACGUUUUCGGAUGAGGGAGAUGUGAGGGGAGAAGAUGCGGUGGGUGGAAUUCGAAGGUUUUUGUUGAUUUGAUUAUUGUAAAGUGAUUUGUUGGUUUUGUUCAUCGGGAAAGGUUUACAUGAACUCAUUCAACUCUAUGACAUCAAAAGGCAAAAAAUUCGUCUGUAAUGUCCUAUCAAAUGACUUUUCUUGGUCUUCUUCAAAUAUUUCGUAAAAAGGAUUACAAUUGCAUGUUUCAUCUGAACAAUAGCGCUAUUAUUGAUGUUUUUCCGGCUCGGGUUUAUAUAAAAAGUAAUUCUGAAAUAUGUGAUCUGGAAUUGAAAGCAUUUAGUUCGAGUAAAAUUUAGAGAAAACUGAAAAUGUCUGUGAAUUUCCUUCCAAGAAAUAUACAACUACUUGAGUAUGGGCCUCACAGAAUGAUUUUUAGUUAUUAGGUAUCUCUAAAACUUUUCAGAUUCUGUUCUUUGAUAUUUAAUUGAAUUAAAUUAAAAUCAAACCAAAGUGGAUAUAUAAGAUUAAAAUAACUUCACAAUACUCUGCUUCCUUGUCAUGAAGUUUCAGCAUUUUUCCAUAAGGAAGGAGAUCUUGAUGAAAUUCAAUAAGGUGUGCUGUUUCAAAAUAAGUUUAA